GCCGAGACAUUCGAUUUCGAAAUUACCCCCGCUCGACACCACAUCGAAAUUUCUAGUUAAAAAAAACUGAGAGCGACGGAUCGAAAAAGAGAUUGAGAUUUGUUUAGCCAAAAUAGCGAAAUUAUGCCCAAGUCCAAGCAGAGAUCGCCAAUAAAAGCGGCUACAAAACCGCUUAGCACAAAGAAGCUACAGUCCAAAGUCAAAAGUGUCGGUAAGACCAAGCCGAAAAUGCAGCAGAAAUCCGUAAAGCAACCGCUCAAGAAACCCAUGAGACGAUCUCCGCUGAUGCGAGCCGCCCUCCAGCCCACCAUUUUGGGCUUGGCCAAGGAAAAGCCGGUGAAAAAGUCGCGGGUGACCUUCAAGAAGUCACAUCGUCGGCCGCUGGACGCCAUGCAAUCCCUUGGGAUGUCCCGCAGGACCAGACUCAUAGACGCCAGUCCCCAGAGAAAGGCCAAGGGUACUUCGGUACUGUUCCUGGGUAAGGAUUCAAGGACCACCAAGAUGCCCAAGAAAAUGAAGCCCUCAAGCGAAAAGCCUGCAAGCGAAAAAAAUCAGUUACCCCGGUUAAAAAGACGGAUGGAAUUCCGAGUAAUGACGAAAGCCGAGACUAGGGCUACCGACGGCGUGAACUUCUUCUGCAAUCUCGGCGUAAAGAUGCAGCCACCGGUGACUCGGAAAUAUCAACAGCUGCAACAACGAGGUGAAGCAGGAUUUGAGGGAAGAUUGGCAGGUGGAGAAGGUACUAGACCGGGUGACGGCGCCUUGCGGAGACCAGUGAGAACCCAGCCAUCUGGUCUGUCAUCCCUAGUCGGUAAAGUCGCCGGUAUCGGUGCGUUCGCCAAUGAUGUGCUGGUCCCGCUGACCGGCCGGUUGCCCAUCAUCGACUUUAUCUCUACCAAAGAGUUCCAGAAUAUGUCUGCCGCUUCGAAAUGGAAGCCGCACUCGCGGAAAAAUACCCAUUUAUAGACGACCAGAGAGAGUGGCGAGUGCUUAAUGAUUAGUGACGAGUGGAUAUGUAUACAAUUGGUAAAACGCUUUUGCGGCUUUGUCAUCCUUUAAUUUUCAAGUCUUAUUUAUCCGUAAAUUUAAUGGAUUUUUAUUAUUUUCUUCCCCAAAUACAAAAAAAAAAAAAAAUAUUAUAAUACAAGACAAGUGCACAUCGCACAUAAUAAG